AUGGGACUUGUGCACAUAAGAUGCAGCUACAACAACAAAUACUGGCACAAGCAAUCGGAGAAUUCUCUUUGGAUUGCACCCUUGCCUGAUGAAUCAAAUGAAAACCAUUCCGAUUGGUCAUGCACUUUGUUCAAGCCCAUCUACGUGAAUGGUCAAGAUGCUACUCAAGGCAUUCACUUUCGUUCAAAAUCUCCUAACAAUGAAUUGUGCGAUGUGUGCACAAUCAUCGAUUGGGAAACCUUGCUGGUAUUGCCUAAGCAUGUCGCCUUCAAGGGCAAUAAUGGGAAAUACCUUACUGCUGCCUUCAAAGAGGGCCACCAAUACGUCCAUUUCUCAUCUGAUGACAUUGAAGCUCCAGGAGUGUCCACAAUUUCAAAUGAGACUAGGCUUGAGAUCUCAAAAAUUGUUGUUUCAAGGGACAUCUACAAUGUUGAUUAUCAUCUUCUAGACUCUAGGAUCUAUAACCAGACUAUGAUCACAAUGGCCACCGAAAACGUCGUUAAUGACUCCCAAGAACCUAACACUGUAGACCUGAAGGUCAGCUACGUUGAGACUAAGACCGCCACUUGGAACCUCAGUGUUUCCUUGAAGUUGGGUGCCAAAUUAACCUUUGAAACCGGGAUUCCGCUAAUCAUUGAUGGUAAGGUUGAACUGUAA